AUGGUGACAAUCUGUGGAACCGACGAAGUUGGAGGUUGUGCAGUGGAGGUCGAAGAACUAUGCGGGAGAACAAGGGAAGCCUCGGGUGUUGUCAUCGCAAUGGAAAUUGAUGGUGUGGAAGGUUUUACAGGUUUAGCAAGGAAACAAAAUAAACUAGGAAACAAAGUCCUAAUUGUACAAGAAUUAGUCAACUACACUAAUUAG